AUGGCGGCGACAACCCCCAAUGCUGGCGGCUCCACGCCUGAGGUGGCGGGUUCCCCCGAAGCCCCGCUGCAAUACAGCCUUCUUUUGCAAUACUUGGUGGGUGACAAGCGUCAGCCCCGGAUCCUGGAGCCUGGUAGCCUGGGCGGGAUCCCGAGUCCGGUCAAGACUGAGGAGCAGAAGAUGAUUGAGAAGGCAAUGGAAAGCUGUGCUUUCAAGGCAGCGCUGGCCUGCGUGGGAGGAUUUGUCUUGGGAGGUGCAUUUGGGGUGUUCACCGCUGGCAUCGACACCAAUGUGGGCUUUGACCCUAAGGAUCCCUAUCGAACGCCGACUGCAAAAGAAGUUCUUAAAGAUAUGGGGCAGAGAGGAAUGUCCUACGCCAAAAACUUUGCCAUUGUGGGCGCCAUGUUUUCUUGCACUGAGUGUUUGGUAGAAUCUUACCGAGGAAAAUCAGAUUGGAAGAACAGUGUCAUUAGUGGUUGCAUCACUGGAGGAGCCAUUGGUUUCAGAGCUGGCUUAAAGGCUGGAGUCAUUGGUUGUGGAGGUUUUGCUGCUUUUUCUGCUGCAAUUGAUUAUUACCUACGAUGA